AUGCCCGAGGGUACUACCCCGGCUCGGGGCGCCAGCAGAGCCCGCGGACGAGGAGCCGCCAGAGGCAGAGGAGGCCGCCAAGCUUCUACACCCAGCGGCGACACUCCUGCGCCGCCUUCGAGACCUUCUUCGGCCCUUGAAACCGCUUCAGCAACCGUCACACCCUCCAGAUCCGAGCCCGCAACGCGGCAACCCACACGAGGUACCUCGGCAGGCAGAUUUCGACCCAGAGUCGUCCGCAGAGAUGAGGCGUCGCGAGACGUCCUCGCUCGACAAGAGCAGGACAAAGAUAAUGCGAGGGCCAAGGCAGAGGCUCGCGCUCAAGCUCGUUCCCGCGGUCGCAGUCGGAGAGCUCGAGGAGAUGCCAUGGGCAGAGGCGGAAUGAUGGGCCGAACUGCCGUUGCAAGUGGCCCUUUCUCGCAAAUACACUUUGAAGGAGGCUCAAGAUCCUCUGGCGGAUGGGGAGGUGGCGGCGGCGGUGGUGGUUCUGGCGGUGGAUUCUUCGGCGGAGGCGGCCGUGCUAAGAGCGAACGGGGUGCCUUUGGGGAGGCAUCUGGUCAUCGCGAAGCUAGAAUCAAUGCCGAUAGACUCGCCGGACACCUGGUUGACCGAGAACCCGAUUCCGAUGACGAAGCGACGGCAGCCCUGGUGAACUCAAAGCCCGAUAACAUCUGGCCCAUGGGCAUCGCGCGAAUCGACAAAAAGGAAGAAAAGAAGGUUAUUGCGACAACAGCUGAGCUCGAGGCUGCUGAAGACGGCAAGGCGGAAGAAAGUCUCUGGGUCGAAGAUGGCCCAUGGUCUGGCCCUACGCCCCAGGUCGGCGAGGAGACGAAGGUCUGGCAUGCAGCACCCAAAGGUGCGGUUCAGGUCAAGGCAGAGCCGGGAGCCGAGUCAGGUGCUAUGGAGGUUGAUCUCAGCAUCGUCAAGUCAGCAGACACCGAGGCUGAGGAGAAGCCUACACCUGAACCGAAGGUCAAGAAGGCAUUGGCUGAUCCUGAGGUGGACAUGAUCGCACAGGACAUGCAGCUCCUGCUGAGCGAGUUGGGCACCGUCUCGGACGAGAACUCAAAAGCACCUGAGAAUGGCGCUGUGCAAGACAAGGAUGGCCGACUCUACCUAUUCCAAUUCCCCCCUCUCCUUCCGCCACUGCACCCUUCUGCCGCUCCAAAGGUCAAGCCCGAGCCAGACGAUGUUGUCAUGCUCGAUCAGCCGAACGGAGGACCGGUCGAUCUCACCAAAUCGGAUGAAAACAUCAAGCCAAAGACGGAAGAAGUCGGCAAGAAUAUUGAUCUUACAGAUGUUUCUCAGCUCGUCUCGCAAGCUGGCAUGAUGGGCAAAAUCAAGGUCCGCAAAUCAGGCAAAGUCGAGCUGGAUUGGGGUGGCCGCACUUUGGAGCUCAGUCCUGCCGCAGGUAUGAACUUCUUGACGACGGCGGUGAUUGUGGAGGAGUCGGACGAGAAAACGAGGCAGGGAGUUGUUGGCGGUGAUAGUAUUGGCAUGGGCAAGAUCAUGGGCAGAUUCGUUCUCGCUCCGACCUGGGGCGAUGAGGAAGAAUGGGUUGUCGAUCCGGAGGAUCUUGUUAUUCCCGAAGAUUCGGGCUGA